AUGAACACGCAAGAAUUACUCAGCCCUGCAACCCAAAGACCUCGCCCGGUUGUCUCAUUUUCCGCGUCACAGUCACUGCAGGCGUCGGCGUCUCUCAAUGUAGAUGCCGUUUCCACCGGUCUGCCUCAGCUAGAUGAUGCAAUCAGUCCGCCGUCCGUAGGGGAUGAAGGCGACAGCGAGCCUCGAGGAAUUCCUUAUGGGCAGGUUACGGAGGUGUUUGGCCCCCCCGGAGUUGGGAAAACGUCUCUUGCAUUGAGCAUUGCCUCGAAAGCUCUACAAGCAGGGGGGAAAGUGGUUUGGAUUGAUACUGGGUCUCCAUUGCCACGAAUACGUCUACGUGAAACACUACAAAGAUCUAUCCAGCACUCCAAAUCAUCUCAGACUGUAGAAGAGCUAGUCCAAAGCUUGACUCACAUUAGAGCUCAAUCUCUGGCCCAUCUAAUUGCCCUCCUGCUCCAUGGCCCGUCAAAUUUCCCACCCGAGGGCUGCACCUUACUAGUCAUCGACUCUGCGUCAGGACCGUUCCCAUCAUAUUUCCCGAACCCAACUGAGCUAAAGGCGCGUCUUGCGCAUUCGAAGACCAUUGACAAAUCUCAAGUUCAAUGGCUUAUGAAUCGAAACGCCAACGUCACGAGCGACUUAGCAAAUCAGCUCACGAAGUUGGCGACAACCCACCAAAUGGCAAUCCUUGCUAUAAAUCAGACCAGGACUCGAAUUAAAGGCCAGCCACGUGCGACGCUCUGUCCUGUUUUGUCCGGUGGCUCGUGGGAAAGCAGUAUAAACACUCGCCUCGUUUUAUACAACGAUUUUUAUACCACUCAAGACGCGUCUGACAGCAUUCGGUUUGCCGAAGUGAUGAAGAGAGCCGGAAGGUUAUUAGCCCUGCGUUUGGAGGAGAACAUUAUUCCCUUCGUUAUUGAGACGGACGGUCUGCGAGCCUUAGGCAGUCAUCCGUCGCCUCCUAUGGCCGCUUUCAGUCUAGACGAGGGGCAAGACUCCAAUAUACAGAGAAAACGCAAGGUGGAUGAAAUUGCAGACAGUCAAGAUGAAGAUGACUCCGAUGCCGGCCUUCUCGAGAAGUGA